AUGGAGAGGGUCGAACCACGCUCGCCGGGACCCGGCGGCGCUGAAGAAGACGGGGCCGCCCCGCAUCCGCCCCGCCCGCCAUGGCUCUCCGCUCCCUGGCUCAUCGACACCCUGCUGGGGAGCAUCGCCCUUCCGCUCGCCCUCGCCCUCGGCGGAGCCGUGCGUACGAGCAUGGUGUCGGGCGCGUAUCUGUUGGCGUGCGCGCUUCUUCUCGCCUGCGCCGAGCACUCGCUCUCCACCGUCCGACCGACCGACCCGCUGAUGGACGUGUCUGAUGGUCGUGCAGAGCGCGUGUGCAGUUGGAUCGUGCGGGUCGUCUGCCUGGUCUCCGGCUUUGCCGUGCUCGGGCACGCUGUGUUCUUGAGCAUGUGGCUGGAAGAGGGCGACGGCGAAGACGGUUGGCUGCGACAGUACGGGUGGGUCGAGGAGCUGCUCCACUACGCAGGCACGAAUGCUUUCGCCAGCUGGCAGAGGGUGGACUACGUGAAGGACCACAUCAUUCUCAACAACAUCCGGCAGAUCGCGCCCGACCCGAUCGUCUUCCUCCUCUCCCUGACGGUGCUGCUUCGCGCCUGGACGCGACGCCCCACCACCCAGCCAACCGAAGAACUCGUGUGGCCGCUGCACUACUAUUGCUACCCGACGUUUCUGGUGGCCGCGGUGGUGGGUCUCUCCGUGCCGUCGGUGCUGGGCCUGCCCUACCUCUUCUUCUACGUCCUCGGCCUCCUCGGCCUUGCCUACUCGGCAUCACUUCCCCGCCUCUUCCAAGCGCUGUGGCCGGCGUUGCUGUUGCUGAGCAUGAGCCACCUGGGCAUCAUCUACGCCUACCAGUUCCGCUAUAUUCGCGACCACACGCCGACGCACCUCACCAACCUCCUCGGUUUGUACCACUGGGAACAGCUCACCAAUUGGAGCGACCUCGGAACGUCGCUCUGGCAAGCCGUGGUCGGCUUGGCCGCCCUCAUCGUCUGUCGGUAUUCGCGUGCGCGGAGUCUGUACAAGGCCCGCAAGCAAAUGCAGCAUUUGGCCAGCGGCGAGGAGGUGCCCGCGCCGCAGCCGUCGAUCACGGCGUCGACCUCAAUGCUGGCCGUGUUCUCCCGCCGGGGCCGAGGCCGGGGCCGUGGAGCCGAAAAGGAGCACACCACGCGUAUCGUCGCCAAAUGGCUCGCCCAACACGGAUGGCGGGGCCUACUGGCUGCGAUGCUGUUCGUGAGCGUGGCUAACGUGAACCUGUUCUCGCUGGUCAUCCUGGUGCUGGCGAUGGCCGGCGCGUUGCUGCCGCCGCGCUACGUCGUCUUCGGCACGCUGCCCACCCUCCUCUACGUCAUCGCCGUGUCGUCGGCCCAGUACGUGUGGAACAUCCCCUUCGACUUCCCCCAGGCCCGCAGCCUCUCCGGGAUGGGACUUGUGGAGUACGAGCUGCCGUUCGUGCGGAUCGGACUGCAGUGGGCGCUCGCCCUGGGGCUGGCCGUGUACUGGCGCCUCUUCACGCUCUAUCGCAAGUGGGCCAUGGUGGGCGUGAUGAAAAAGCAAGCGUACUACUCGUGGUUCGUGGGCCGACCGGGUCCCGGCGGACUCCUUCAGCACCUGCCCUCCGUCGAGGAGACCGCCGCGCUCUUGGCCGCCGAGUCCGGCUCUGAGCCAAACUACGGCGCGUCUUCGUCGGCGCCUUCGCGCAAGGAGAGCCGGGUCCCACGCUUUGCUGACGACGUCGUCGGUCACGGAGGAGACGAAGAGCAAAACGAGCGCGCGCAUCGACACACGGGCCUGACGGACGACGAUGACGACGAUUACAAUCGGGAGCCGCCCAUGCACGGCCGCGGGAACGGCGCCGAGUCGGCCAGCUUCAUGGACGAGCCCGCCGACGGGCGCAAGCACCUGCGGGACAAGGCCGCCGAGUUCUGGCACGUGGUCAAGCUGGUCACGGCCACCGUCAAGCAGUCCAUGCUGGCCCUGCUCAACCUCGUCUGGCAGAUUCUCCUCCACGAAUCCCACAAGUUCGCGUUGUGCGGGUUGUGGAUCUGCUCGCUCAUGGAGGUGUCGGUCUUCAACGGCGGCUACAUGGCCAUCUUCAUCGUCUUCGUCCUCUGGCAGAAGCUCGCCACCCGCUUCUGGGUGCUGCUCGUGCUCUACUGCCAAGCCGUAUUGCUGGCGCUCUACGUGUGGCAGCUGCCGUGGCUGCCGGAGGAUUCGUCGCUGACGAGUCUGAUCGGAUUUCAACACUUCCCGAACGUGUGGGCUGGGUUCGGGUGGCACAUGGCCAUCCUCGGCUUCUCCGUGGCCCAAAACGAACUCAACAAGGUCUCGACCCGUGGCUUCCUCUUCAAGAAGCCCACGCCCGACCAACUGAGGAAAUACGGAGACGGGACGCUUCGCGGGCUGCGUACUCACCUGAACCGGCACGUGUACACGCUCAUCGUGUUCGGGUACACCAUGGUGGUGCGCUACUUCCUGUCGUUCUCCUACCUCGGCAUCCUCCUGCUGGCCCUCCUCACCCCGGCCAACAUGAUCAACGUGCUCUACGUUACUUUCAUCUUUGCCUGCAUCAUCGUCCACUUCCAGACCAAGGCACCGGGUCGAGUCUACGUGCGGCGCAUGUGGCCGUUUCUGGUGUUCUUCGCCGGCGGAGCGCUGGCGUGUCGGUACCUGUACCAGUUCGACGACCUGGCGGAGAUCAUCGACGACGUCUACCCCGACGACUUCCUCCCGCUGGGCCUCAAGGACCUCGGCUUCGAGCAGUACCCGACCAAGCUCUUUGUAGCCCUCCUGCCCAACGCCAUCGUGCUCGUCCUCUCCGUCUUCCAGCUCCGCAUGUUCAACGGCGAGCACUGGACCAAGACGCUGGGCUCGCUGAUCGGGGAGGAGAAUGAGCGGGAGGAGGGGGUGAAGGUGCUAGCCUGGUGGGAGGGGCUGGUGGCCGGCGUGCGGCGGCUGGUCAUGCUCCACGGCCGGUCGGCGGCGGUGUGGGUGCUGGCCAUCAUCGGCUGCACCUUCGUGACGGUCAUCCGCUCGGGCUUCCUCGUGCUCGCCGUCGUCUCCCUCAUCUUCAUCAAGUGGGGCGCACGCUGCCGUUCCGACUCCCUCAGCUGGACCGCCACCGUGUACCACGUGGUGACCUUCGUCUCGUUGAUCUACUCGCAGGCGGUGGUGCUGGCGCAGCUGGUGUUCUUCUUCCCGUCGUUUGAUGACGUGUCGGGCGGGAAUCCGUCGUGGUUCGGCUUCGACCGGGCGCACGAGGACGGCCAGAUAGGCGGAGUCAUCAGCGGCCUCAGCGCCAUGGUGGUCGUCCUCAUCGCGCGCUACGGCCAGUCGUGGCUGGCCCAGUGGUACUCCGUGGCCGCCCUCUCCCACAACGACGAAGAGAGUGGUGAGGACAUGUCGGAGUUGACGCUGUUCCCGGUCGACAAGGAGACCGUGCAGCACGGACGUCGGCUCCGGUUCGCCGUGGUGUGGAACUACGCCAAGUGGUACGCCUCGCACGCGUUCGCGCUGCACGGGCAGCACCUGUUCGGGUUCAUGCUGCUCGUGGUGGCCUUCGUGCGCAACGACGCCGUCAGCUGGUUCUACCUGGUCCUCCUCGCCGCGAGCAUGGUCUUCCCCUUCUCGACUCUGGUGGUUGCGCUGCCCGUGUUCGUGACCGUGCAGGCGAGCAUCAUCUUCGCGCAGUACGCGUCGCUGCUCGGCUUCCCUCCGUUCAUGGACAUCGUCUGGCCACCCGACCUGCUCGCCGAAGAGGUGACCACCUGGCUCGGCCUCGACCGACCCUACCCAGAGAUGCUGCUGCUCGAUUUCAUGCUGCUGUGGCUGGCGGUGCUGCUGCUCUACGUGCCCAGCCACAUCCACCCGUUCCCCGAGGCCCACCCGCCGCUCCGCUACGACUUCACCCUCAAGCCGCGCAGCUGGAACGACGAACUCAAGUUCCAGGUCCUGCAGUACAGCUCGCGGGGCAUCCUCGUGGUGGUGAUGGUGGUCGGCCUGGUCCACACCGACCUCCUCUCCGCUGGCUACCUCAUCUUCUCGCUCGCCCUCCUCUAUCACGGCGGCACGUUGCUGCUGAAGCAGAACGCGUGGUGGUGGUGGCUCAGGGCCUACAACCUGCUGGUGCUCGCCGCCCUGGCCUUCUACUCCCUGCCCUGGCUGCCGCAAGACGACGACCCGCAGGGCUAUGCGAAGGUGAUCGGGUUCGAGAAAAUGGAGGUGGGCGAGCUGUCGGCCUGGUCCGACCUCGUCAUCUUCUGCCUCUUGUCCGUACAAGGCUACAUAUUCGAUCUCGACGACAUGAACUUGGUGGUGGACUACCUGCUCAUUCGCGAGGGCUGGGAGCGCGCCGAAGACGAGGUCCGCCAGGAGGAGCUCCAGAAGGCGCUCGAUCUCCUUCGCAAGGAGCAGACCGCACGCAAGACCCGCCUGGCCCACCUGAAGCAAACUCGGCUGCGGAGUCAGCUGACGUCAGCUCUACAGAGCGAGGGCGCGAGUCCGAUCGACAGUCAGGCGCCCUCGCCCCGGCCCGAGUCCCCGCGCGGGCCGCGUAGCGGGGCCAGCCCGCGCAAGGGCAAGGAGAAGGAAUUCGAAGAAUCCGGGGGCGGCGACGGCAAGCUUGCCCCGCAGGCGACGGCCGCCAGGCGACCGACGCGCCCGAGCCCGAAGAAGAAGGCGGCCGCGCCGCAGGAGAAUCUGUGGAAGAAGAUCAAGGGCUGGUAUGCGGCGGCCAAGCGCAUGCUGGUCCCGCUGUUCAGGGAGUACUCGGCGGCCGCCAUGGAGCGUACGGUGGUCCUGCUCGAGUGGCUGGCCGAGAAGCACCUCGAAAAGGACGUGCAUGCCAAGUUGAAGGAGAGGGGCUUGGACGAGACGAUCCUGUUUGCCAACGACUACCGCCACCACUUGCGUCGACAGGACUCCGCCGCAGCCGGCGCCGAAGGAGAAGAGGCCUCCGAUUCUGACGACUCUUCGUCGUCGUCCGCGGCCGAUGACGGCAGCAGCAGCGAAGACGAAAGCUCCACCUCAUCGGCGUCGUCGUCUUGCGACUCGUCCGACUCUGAGUGCGCGUCGGAAGACGAGGCCGUACCGCCGACGUCGACAUCGGCGUCGCAGACCGAGACCGAAAUUUCGGCCCAGAGCGAGGAGCUGCUGGCGGGCGCGGCCAAGGCCGGCGUGACCUUUGAUUCCUCGGCGGACGCAGCCGAAGACUUCCCGGACGACGACGACACGAGCGCGGUCGUCCACAACUCGGCCCGGUGGUGGCGCCAGCAGCUGGGCCGGGCCUACAACUCGUGGGUCAAGUGGGUCUCGACCAACACCAACAUCAUCUGCUACCUCGCCCUCGUCGUCAACCACGCCGCGUAUGCGUCGGUUCUAUCGGUGGUGUAUCCGGUGUCGCUGUUCAUCUACGCGGCGCUGGCGGCCCCGCGGCCCACCAAGACCUACUGGCGGCUGGUGCUGGCCUACUCGUCGGUGGUGGUGUGCGUCAAAUUCCUCUUCCAGCUCUCGUUCCUGUGCGUGUGCUACACCGCCAGCGGCGAGGAGUACGCCGUGCAGCCCACCUGCGAACUGGAAACCUGCCGCUUCGAACAGACCUACGAUACGCAGCUGGGCCUGACGUACGUGAUCGGCAUCUACAAAGUGACGGGCUUCUUCCUCAAGGGCUCCCUGUGGGACGUGGUCCUCAUCCUCGCCGUCCUCUGGCACCGACACCAAAUGAAAAUGAAGGCACGCCAUCUCCCUUCGCCCAUCGUUAUCGUCGUCAUCUUCAUCGUCAUCGUCGUCGUCGUUGUUUGGUCUGACAAUGCGGCGUGUCUGGUGACACAGGGCUACUGGGAUCUGGCGGUGGACCUGAAGCAGGAGUUCAAGGGCCUGCAGAAGUCGCGCAAGCAGUGGAUGGGCUGGCUCUCGCUCGAGCGGCAGACCCACGCGCACCACCGGCUGCCCACCCUCCCGCCGCACCUGCUGGGCUCGUCCUCGAUGCUGCCCAUCACCGGCAUCCGCGGCUCGCGCAUCCUGUCGAGCCGCCACUCGACCCUCCUCCUCCCCGUCGACCUCAAGCACACCCUGCCGCCCGACGCCCCCCAGGGCGGCGUCCACAUCCAGGAGUGGAAGGAGGCGCUGCGGGAGGGGGCCACGUGGGCGGUCGAUAAGGCAAAGGGCGCGUGGAACGGCGUGAUGCUGUACUACCGGUGCCUCUUCUCCAAGUUCAGCCCCAACAAGGACUUCUACACCUCCAUGCUCUUCAUCCAAUUCCUGUCAUUCCUAUACCUCAUCCUGUUCCAGCAAGACUUUACUGGGGUGGAGACGUCGAGUCUGUUGGACAUCUUCAUGCAGAGCCGCAUCCCGUCCAAGUACGUGUGGCUGCUGGUGGGCCAGUUCCUGCUGAUCAUCGUGGAGCGCAUCAUCUACCUGCUCAAGUCGACGCGGGCCAAGCUGGUCCUCCACUACGCGCUCGUCGUCCUCUACCACUGGGGCCUCUGCUUCCAGCUGCCCUCGUCCAACGGCCGCAGCUUCGCCUCGUCCCCGCUGCUCCUCAUGUUCUACCUCCUCCAGUGCCUCUACCUCUACCUCUCCUCCCUUCAGCUCCGAGCGCUGACCAACUCCAAGGACCCCUCCAAGAUCCGCUACUGGCUCUUCAUGGCCUAUCGCGCGAUUCCGUUCGGGUACGAGCUGUCGACGAUCCUGAACUGGACCAUCCACCGCACGGCCCUGGACUUCUUCGAGUGGCUCAAGGUCGAGGACCUCUACGCCGACCUGUUCGAGAUCAAGUGCCGCAACGCCGACCGCGAGCGCAGCGGGCGCAAGCCGGGCGACGCCCAGCCCCUCUGGAUCAAGCUCCUCAUCGGCAUGGGCCUCUUCUUCAUCCUCUGUCUCGUCAUCUGGUUCCCCCUCCUCCUCCUCGCAUCGGACACGCCGGGCAACAGUGUGAACCAGGUGCACCAGAGCACGAUCACGGUGGGGAUCGAGGGCUGGGAGCCCUUCUACCGGAGCUACCAGGCCACCAACGUCUCGUUCGCCACCAACGCCCAGUUCGCGCGGCUGCGGGGCCUCUUCCCGUUCAUCCUCAACGACGAGCAGCCCACCACGCAGCUCAUAUCGUUCCAGCCCUACUCCGAAGUCUACUGGUGGAUCACCGCCGAGAGUCUCGAGACCCUCCUCUUCUCCCUCCAGAGCGACCACAGGGUGGAGCUGAGCUUCACGUACUCGUUCACGCGCGAUCAGCCGGCCUCGUCGCCCACCACCAGUGGUCGAGUUGUGAGGGCGCUGACGCCGGAGCUCAAGGCGCAGCUCUACAGCAUGCUGGCCACCAACGCGACCGGGUCGUGGAACGUCACCAUCCCCAAGGCCUUCCCGCGCGCCUAUCGGCUGCCACUCUCGGAGGCGGUGAGCAUUCCGAGUCCCAACCAGUACGUGGGCCUGCAGCUCACCCUCUACCGCAAGCUCCUCACACAAAAGGUGCAAACGCCAACCGGCGAGAUGGAGGUCGACUCGCUGGUCUUGGCCUGGCGAGCCCGGCAGGUCCAGCCCUCGUCCAAUCUCCACGCAAUGGCGACGCGUCCGGAUGUAUCGUCGAGCGAGACGGAUGAACCGCUGUUCAGCGAAGAGGGUCCGCAGGUGGUGUCCCUCUCGACCAUGGUGCCCACGGACUCGCUCACGCGCAAGGUGAUGGCGACGGGCAUCAUCGGCCUCUACAUCACCGUGGUGCUCUCCGUCGGCCGCUUCCUCCGCAUGUCCCUCUCGCGCCUCGUGCCCAAGAUCCGAUAUGAGGACCUGCCCAACGUGGAGUUCAUCAUUUCGCUGUGCGAGGACUUAUUCAUCGCGCGCCAGUUUGACAAUCUGCUGCUGGAAGAGGAAUUGUACUGGGAGCUAAUUGAACUGUACCGAGACCCGAGCCUCAUCCUCGAAGUCACCGGCCGCCGUCCUGUCCUCUUCAAGCACACCAAGCACGACUGA